GGGAGAUUUGAUUGGAGGGAGCUUGCGAGCUGCUGACUCCGGCGGGUUUGCGUCACUGCGCGUCGCCUGGGCUGGCUCGGGUCUCCUUCCUGAGGUCUUAGUGUGAACGUAUGAAUAGAAGAAGAAAAUUUCUUUUUGCCUCAGUGCUUGGUCUCCAGAAUUCAAGUUUUAUUUAUCCAUCAUGUCAGAAGUGCUUCUCUCGGAUAAUCUUACUUCCCAAAAGGUAUAAUUGUCCAAAAUGUGGCUCUACUGGUGAAGCUGAAAAUGCCUGUUACAGAUAUAAACUUUCCUUAAAAGUUGCAGAAACAAACAAAUUGUUUGUCAUAACUAUAUUUGGAAGUGCCUUAGACACCUUUUUUGGUCUUACUGCUACUGAUUUGCACAGGUAUAUUCAGAAUCCUGAUAAGAUUCCAGAAACACUGGACAGUAACACAACUCAGGACCUACUUAUUAGAGCAGCUGAAACCUGCUUUGUUGGACAACGCUUUAUUUUUGGAGUAACGAAUUUUGAAAAACAAUGUGUACAAGGUUCCAAUUCUUGUAAGUUCUUACAGCAGUACCCUGAGGGCAAAAGAGAAGUCAAAGCACUCGUGGCUCGCCAGAUUGUUUUGCCAGAUCCAGGUGUUGCAGGCUUCACUGUCAUUGACUACUUCCGUCAGUUUUUGCAGACUUCCAAUUUGAAGAAACUUCAUUGUGGCUCCCAGGCACCGAAUAGCCAUAUACUUGCUUUAGAUCACUCAAAUAGUGACCUUAGCAAUAUAGAUUGUUCUGAUAGUACGUCUUCUUUUUCCAAGUCUUGUGGCAGAGAAAAUUUUUCAAGAUUCUGUCAGCCCUCCCUUGAACUCAUUUCCAUUGUAUCACAGCUAACAGAUAAAGAUGAUUUGUUAACUUUAGACCAGAGCAAGACCAUUAGUAGUCUUCACCAGAACAAAAAGUCCUAUGCAGAACCCUCUGGUUCCAAUAGCUGCCAUGACCCCACUUUUGGUUCAUGGAGCCUUGUUUCAUAUAUGGAUAAAAAGUGUGCCGCAGAAAAGUUGGAUGAAGAACUUGGCUCACAAACUAAUCAAAUGAGUGCAGUUCACAGCAGUCAACAUGAAAUUAGAGCUACUGAUUCUGAUAUAUCCCCUUUGAAAACACGAGUGCCCUCGGAGUCAAGUAAUACAAAAUUCUUCAGCAGUUCAAUAGAAAUUAAAAAUAGCUAUUCCCAGCAUGAGCUACCAUGUUACCAGCAUCAUAAUAUAGAUACUUCCAGUAGCAUUCAAGAGAAAUAUACAUGGUGUCCACCUUCAUCACUCAGACUUCUUGAAGAUGGAGUUGACAGUUCCCAAGAUUGUGACCCUGAGAUUUGGGAUGAUCUACCAUUCUCUGAAAGCCUGAACAAGUUUCUGGCAGUUAUUGAAAGUGAGAUUGCUGUAACUCAGACAGAUGCCAGUAGUAGGGAACAUCAUGUAGAUAAUGACCUCGAUAAACUUCAUACAGACUGUAGCAGGUUGUCUAUGACUCCCCAGAGAACCGCUGGAGCCAUGUGUACACCACCUGUAGCUAAGAGAUCAUCACAGGCAACAGUCAAAGCAAGCUCUAGCAAAGAUAACUUCCUUUCCAACUGUAAAGCAAAUCCAGGGCCUAGUAUUCAAAAUAAAUCACAAUCAGAUAACACAUCAGAGGCUGUCUCUAUAAGUAGUAAUAGAGGAGAUAUUUUAGAAUGUUUUCAGCCAAACACUUACCUGUCACCUCUGUUUUCAUCUUCGAAAAAUUUCAAAACAAUAGUUACUCUUAAGGAGACUAUCAAAAUUCCACCACAUACGAAUGAAAUUUCACUUAAGCCCAGUGCUUCAGAGAGAGACCAUUCUUAUUUCAAUUUGAAAUAUUUUAAUGGGCAUGGAGAAAAAUCACUUUCAAAAAUGAAUGAAGAGUUGAGAACUUUGUGUUCUAGGAAAUAUAGUGAUUUUUCUGAUCUUUGCACAUUAGAGAACAAACAAUAUUACAGGUGGCCAAAGAAUCAAGGUGAGAGUUUUACAAUUUGUAGGAAGCUUACAUAUCCUUUAGAAACUGUUGGCAGUAGUCCAGAUGGAAGUACAAAUGCAUUGAAAAAAAUGCCUCAUGGACAUUUCACUAAUAACUUACCACACAGGUAUUCUACUGGUCAUGAAGGUAGCUACAAUGCUUCUGUUGAUCUCUUUGAUGAUAUUGCUAAAGAAAUGGACAUCACAACAGAAAUUACAAAAAAAUCACAGGAUAUUCUGUUACACCAGGGAACAUCUUUUGCUGAAAAAAGUAACCCUGAAGAGUCUGAUUUUUCAUUGAGAUCACUUUUUGAAAACUCCAGCCAGUCUUCACAGAAAUUAUCAUUGCACAGCGUAUCUGCCUCUAGGUAUCCAAGAACAUGUUCUCCUCCACCCCAUUUUCAGUCAGAUUCAGAAUAUGAUUUUGAAGAUAGCCAAGAUUUUGUCCCAUGUUCACAGUCAACUCCAGUUACAGGAUUUCACCAGACGAGAAUUCCUGGGAUAAACAGAGCUUUCGAGAAAUUAUCUUCCUUUCUUUCAGAUCUUGAUGAUAACUAUAAAAAAGCAAGGAUUUCCCCUGAAAAUGGCAAACAGCAAUCUACCCCAAGCUUUCCAAAAUAUGUAAAAACAUCCAGCAAGAAAUCCAGAAGCCCUAUUAUAUAUGGUAUUACACAACCAGAGGUUUUCAACGACCAUCCUGUUGCUGAGUGCUUUGAAACUGAUGAUGAAUGGGUCCCUCCUACUACAAAAAAAGUAUUUCUUUCAGAUAAGCUUGGAUUCCAAGUCAUGGGUCUAAGGAAGUGCCUUGCUGCCCACAAUUCUGAUCAAGAAGAGUUACCAAGAAAGAAACUGAAACAUGUCAAGCAAGGAACUGAUGCUGAUAAAUGUUUAAUUAAGAAAGAAUUCAAGAAUAUCUUUACAACCAUAGUUACAAAACAGAAAACUCCUAAGUAUAACUAUAAAAGUUCAGGCUGCAUUUCCAAAAAGUCAGUUUGUGGAUUUGAUGCUUGUUCAGAAGUCAAAUCUUGUCUUCCAUUUUCUGAAAAUUGCCCACCUUCAGUUCCUGAAACUGAAACUGCUUGGUCACCUGAAUUAUUUUCAUAAAAAGUCACCUAAGCUUUUAAAGGCAAAACUGUUUAGAAAUUUCUACCUCGAGUGGCAUAGACAGCAUUCUUUCCCUUUUGAAUACUUAAAGAGAAACAAAUAGAAAAAAGGGCUAUAGUAAGUGCUGUUGUGCCUUUUGAAAUUUUAUAAAGCCAUUUUUUCCCAGAGUUUUGUCCACAGUCAUAUAAUUCAGAUAAUUGAGCACUUUAUCUUAUAUUGUUGAUUGUAUUCUAAUAAUAUUGUUAAUGUUGCUUUUAAAAAUUAUUUGUUAAAAUUUCAUGCAUAUCCAGAAAUAAAACCUUUGCAAA